UUCAUCUCAUGGAUGAUCACUUUACCCUAGAACUCAACUCAAACAUGGAACUUCUAGACAACAGCAACAGUCCUUCACUUGGAAAUUUCAAUUCAUCCAAUGAUAGUGGUCACGAGUUUACGCCUUUGUCUGGAAACAACUUGGCAGACCGUCGUUAUCAAAGGCAUGACCAUAGUCUUCCAUUCAUGCCUUUACCAGAUGGUACUGAAGAUAAUCCAAGCUUUAGUUUUGACGAGGAUCAUCAAGCUGAUUCUUUUUUUGAUCCGUUGGCCCGUUUCCCUACAACAGAAGAUAUGAUCAACAGAAUGUCUGGGAAUGAAAUCUUGGGAAAUUCCAAUCCCAUUAUCUUUAGAUCCGGAGUUAUCGGAAAGAAUAAAGCCAACAGAAAUAGUGGAUACGGUGGUAGAAAAAGAGGGAAAAACAGUGCAGCCAAAGUGGAGAAACCGCGAGAAGUUGUUCAUGUGAGAGCAAGGAGAGGUGAAGCUACUGAUAGUCACAGUUUGGCAGAAAGGUUGAGAAGAGAGAAGAUAAACCGAAAAUUACGAUGCUUGCAAGAACUAGUUCCAGGAUGUUAUAAGACAAUGGGAAUGUCAGUAAUGUUGGAAGUAACAAUCAAUUAUAUAAGAUCUUUGCAGAAUCAGAUCGAGUUUCUGUCUAUGAAGCUUACAGCUGCAAGCAUGUUUUAUGACUUCAAUUCUGCUGAAAUGGAUGCUUUUGAUACAAUGAAGGAUCAAGGAUAUGGUUAUGAAGCACAAGUUACGGACACGAUGGGUGGGGAAGGAUAUGGAAACCUUCUACAAUUUCAAUCAACUUGGCCUCUUUGAACUCCAUACAUCUCUUUGGAAUUUAUAUGAUACAUACAUGUGGCAUGCAUACUCAUUAAAUAAAUGCCAAAGGUACUCCUUUGCGGAAAUA